CUCAUGUAAUGAUGAAACACACACUUCUUAUUAUAACUUUGUGAUAUAUCAUGUCAUAUAAGAAAAAUGAGCCUCCAAGGAAAGUUGGUUUCUGAGAUAAACAUCAAGUGUGAUGGAGAUGUUUUUUAUGAAGUAUAUAGGCAGAGGCCACACCAUAUCUCCACCAUGUCCCCUAAUAAUGUACAAAAUGUGGAUGUUCAUGAAGGUGAAUGGGGCACAGUUGGCUCUAUUAUCUUUUGGAACUUCAUCCAUGAUGGAAAAGAAGUGGUGGCAAAGGAGAGAGUCGAAGAAAUAGAUGAAGAAAAGAAGAUGAUUAAAAAAAGGGUAAUUGAAGGAGAUAUAUUGGAGAAUUACAAAUCAUUUUAUGUCACUAUUCAUGUUGAGACAAAGGGUGAAAACAACUUAGUUACUUGGAUUUUGGAAUAUGAAAAGAAGAAUGCUAAUGUGCCUGAUCCACACACACUCAUGGAAUUACUCCUAAAUCUAACCAAAGAUAUUGAGAAUCACCACAUCAAGUGAUACAUAAAUAUUGUAAAUAAAUUGUUUGGACUCUUUAAAAAUGUCGACGAGUAUAUGUCGGAUUCUUUAAAAUAGUAUAUUUUGAAGAAAUCGAUAUGAAUACGACAACAUUUUUAAAAAGUUAGAAGGCAAUGUAUGUAUACCAAAUGCUUGGAUUUAAGGUGUUGUCUCAAAGUCUGUUAUUAGCGGGUGUGCUUUGAAAUGUCUUGUAACAAAAAUAAAACGAGUGGACAUCUAAUUUUUAUAGAUAAAUAAAAAAUAAAAGUUGUUAUUUGAA